CCAGGACAGAGUCCCGGUGGUGAAGAGGCUCGUGACGUCACGUAAAUAGCAUGCGAGCGUUUUGGGUGCGCAGACGCUUACUUUUCGCAUCCGAGGGACUAUUUUGAAGUCGCCUCUUUGAUCGCCCCAUCUUUUAUUCUCAUGUGUUUCGGAGAAACAGCAAUCGGAUUUUUUUGUUUCAUAGAGGGAGGACACCACCAUUGGCAUUAAAAGACGGACUCGUGAAGCUGGACAUGAUCGAUAUUCUUUCAUAGAGAAGGUCUAGUUUUGAGUGAGAUGGCCAAGCCUCUACAAUGCCACGGGACAGUUUUGUUGGCUGUGGCCUUUUGUUUCCUGCCUUGUAUCACUUCCUCGCUUAACCUGGAAGAUCCAAAUGUCUGCAGCCACUGGGAGAGAUAUUCAGUGACAGUUCAAGAGUCGUACGCCCAUCCCUUUGACCAGAUUUAUUACACCAGCUGCACAGACAUCCUCAACUGGUUCAAGUGCACCAGACACAGGGUAAGCUACCGGAUUGCGUAUCGGAGAGGAGAGAAGACGAUGUACCGUAGGAAGUCCCAGUGCUGUCCAGGCUUUUUUGAAAACGGCGACAUUUGUGUUCCUCAUUGUGCAGAGAGCUGUGUUCACGGCCGCUGUAUGGCCCCCAACACCUGCCAGUGUGAGCCUGGAUGGGGGGGUUCCAAUUGCUCCAGCACUUGUGACAGUGGCCACUGGGGUCCCCACUGCAGCAAUAGAUGUCAGUGCCAGAACAAAGCUCUGUGUAACCCUAUCACUGGAGCCUGUAUCUGCAGUCCCGGAUACAGAGGAUGGCGUUGUGAGGAAGUGUGUGAGGUGGGCACCUAUGGUAAUGGAUGUCAGCAGAAGUGCCAGUGCCAAAAUGGAGCUAUUUGUCACCACGUGACUGGGGAAUGCAAGUGCUCACCAGGAUACACUGGAGCUUUCUGUGAGGGUGCAUGUCCUCCAGGUAAACAUGGACAACAGUGUGAAGAGAGGUGUCCCUGCCAGAAUGGCGGCAUUUGUCAUCAUGUGACCGGGGAAUGCUCUUGUCCGGCAGGAUGGAUGGGCACCGUAUGUGGACAGCCAUGUCCAGAGGGAAGAUUUGGCCCAAACUGUUCCCAAGAAUGCCAAUGUCACAACAAUGCCUUAUGUAUUUCAUCCACUGGACAGUGUCUCUGCAGCCCCGGAUAUACGGGAGAACGGUGCCAGGAUGAAUGUCCAGUUGGUACUUAUGGUGCUAGCUGUACGAAAAGAUGUCGCUGUAAAAACAGUAGCAGAUGCUACCAUAACUAUGGAAACUGCUUGUGUGAGCCAGGCUUCACAGGCCAGAUGUGUGAUGUCCGACUGUGUCCCAAAGGAAACUAUGGCCUAUUGUGUGACAGGAAGUGUCCAUGCUAUUCCCAGAAUAUGCAGAGCUGCCAUCCAAUGUCAGGGGAGUGUACAUGUCUGUCAGGUUGGUCUGGACUCUACUGCAAUGAGACAUGCCGUCCAGGAUUCUUUGGCGAGUCCUGCCAGCAGAUGUGCCAGUGCCAGAAUGGUGCAGACUGCCACAGUGUUACAGGAAAAUGUUUUUGUGCUCCAGGCUUCUUGGGUUUUGACUGUUCAGUCCAAUGCCCAGCAGGAUCUCAUGGAGCGAACUGCUCCUCCACCUGUAAUUGUAAGAAUGGAGCGCAGUGUUCACCAGUGGAUGGAUCCUGCUUUUGUAAACCAGGGUGGCACGGAGUGGACUGUUCCAUCAACUGCCCUAGUGGUACGUGGGGUCUUGGCUGUAACAUGACCUGUCUGUGUGGGAAUGAAGGUGCUUGUGAUGCAGUGACUGGUCACUGUACAUGUGCUGCAGGCUGGAGAGGAAAUAAAUGUGACCUGCAGUGCCAGGAUGGUACCUACGGUCUUGACUGUAAAGAGCGCUGUGACUGUAGUCAUGCUGACGGAUGUCAUCACACCACUGGGUACUGCCACUGCCUGGCUGGAUGGACUGGUAUCCACUGUGACAGUGUGUGUGCAGAGGGCCGCUGGGGCCCAAACUGCUCCCUAACCUGUAACUGUAAGAAUGGAGCAUCCUGCUCUCCUGAUGAAGGAACAUGUGAGUGUGCACCAGGAUACAGAGGCAGCACCUGUCAGAGGAUCUGCUCUCCAGGUUACUUUGGUCACCAUUGCAGUCAGACAUGUCCCCAGUGUGUCCACAGUAAUGGACCAUGCCACCAUGUGAGUGGACAGUGUGACUGUCUGCCAGGCUUUAAGGGGUCCCUUUGCAAUGAGGUGUGUCCCAGUGGUUACUAUGGGAAGAAAUGUGCCUUGAGCUGCACUUGCACCAACAACGGCACCUGCAACCCUAUUGAUGGCUCCUGUCAGUGUUUUCCGGGAUGGAUCGGCAAUGACUGCUCUCAGCCAUGCCCUCCUGCUCAAUGGGGACCCAACUGCAUCCACACAUGUAACUGUCACAACGGCGCUUAUUGCAGUGCCUAUGAUGGAGAAUGCAAGUGCACCCCAGGAUGGACCGGCCUUUACUGCACACAACGUUGUCCAUUAGGAUUUUAUGGGAAGGAUUGUUCUCAGAGAUGCCAAUGUAGGAACGGAGCAGACUGUGAUCACAUCUCUGGACAAUGUACCUGUCGCACUGGCUUCAUGGGUCAGCACUGUGAACAAAAGUGUCCCCUUGGUUCAUAUGGAUAUGGGUGCCGGCAGGUGUGUGACUGUCUCAAUAACUCCACUUGUGAUCACAUCACUGGUACAUGUUACUGUAACAAUGGCUGGAAGGGGGCCCGCUGUGACCAAGCUGGUGUUGUUGUUGACAGCCUCAACACCUUCACAAGUGCUGCAGUGCAAGUGGACAACUACCAAAUUGGAGCCAUCGCAGGAAUUAUUGUGCUGGUGCUGCUUGUGCUCUUUCUCCUCCUCCUCUUCAUCAUCUACAGGAAAAAGCAGAAAGGAAAAGAACCUCCCAUGCCGGCAGUGACGUACACUCCUGCCGUGAGGGGGACCACUGACUACACAGUCACAGAUGCUCAUCUACCACGUGACGUGCACCCCAGUAACUACUUCUCCAAUCCCAGCUACCACACUUUGACCCAGUGCACGAGCCCACAACAUAAUAACUCGCCAUAUAGAAAAGGUAAAAGCAACACGUUUGUGAACUUGAAGAAUGUGGAAGACAGAAAGAGAUGUCCUCAUGCUGAUACCAAUGGCACAUUGCCGGCAGACUGGAAACAUAGGGACUGCUUCAGUGAACUUGGAGUAGACAGAAGAUGCAUGGGCAAGUCUUUGCGAGACCUGGUGAAAGGCAUACCAUAUCAUGGAAGCUCCAGCUCCUUGAACAGCUCUGAAAACCCCUACGCCACUAUCAAGGACCCUCCCAUGCUGACAACGAAAAACACUGAAUGUGGCUAUGUGGAAAUGAAGUCACCUGCCAGACGGGAUUCACCCUAUGCUGAAAUCACUCCAAGCAGCCAUCUGACGAAUAACAAGAAUGUCUAUGAAAUUGAGCCAACUGUAAGCACUAAUCGUGGCACUGGACAAAGUAGUGACUGCCAGCAGCCAGGCCAGGACCCAUACGAUCUACCAAAAAACAGCCAUAUCCCUUGUCACUAUGAUGUUCUACCAGCCCGAGAAAGUCCAACAUCAGAAGACAAGGAGCUGGAUAGUGACUGACAACAGAGACUCACCGCCGAAAUACCUUUUUCAACUCCGUAACUGGAAGCAAAAGUUUGCUUAUUUUCUUCCAUUAUUGUGAUGUGUUUUUAACGCUUUUCAUUUAUAACAUACAACAUACAUACAACAUGAAAAUAGUGGGGAUCCAAAUUUUACAAUUUGCAUUUUCAACUGAACCCCCCCCCCCCCCCCCCAAGCAAGUGAUUUAAGAUAAAGGGUUACAUACAUGUCAUUUAUAGCACCUCAGAAUGUUUUACAUAAGAGGGAUGUAUCCGAGCAGCACAGUGGAGUAAGUGAUCAGCAUGUCUGCCUCAUAGUUGAGAGGUUCCAGUUUACUUCCACUUUCCAAAAACACACAUUGUAGGUUAAUUCAGUGAUUCCCGAUCGGGGUGCUUUUUUGGCAUACUUACAUUGUAUGUGCCAUGAGAGACCAUCCCCAAUCCUGCAGGAAAUUUUCCAAUUUCACAUUCGUCAGUGUCAGAGAUUUUCACUCUGACAGUUCACAAAGGCUCGACGCAGGAACAGAUAGACUUUCACUGCCGGCGGGAGGUGCAGUUCUCCAUGAAGCCACUCAGUGUGCGCUUCCCACUGUCACCCGACCUCUGCAACCUCUGCCGGCCUUUUUAUUGAUUGUGUUUGCAAAUUACAAGUAAUAUAUCAGAAAAACA